AUGAACAGUCUGGGCACUCCCUUCUACGCUCCGACCUUCCUCGCAGCUAUCAACUGGCUGACCCAAAUCGUGGAAGUUUCCUUUUUUUUCUUUUUUUUUAAAUUUCAGUACAGCGAAGCCACGCAAUCUGCUCGCCAACACCGCGAGAAAACCAGCGAGAGCGUGCUGUACGCGAACAUGUGCCAAGCGUACCGCUUCUUCAUGAGCAAUGAUGAUGAUUCGAAAGACUCCGUAAUCGACGACAUCAAAGCCGAGCUCCAGAAGGAAACCGACUCUCUGGAGGGUCGUUUCGCUCAAUUAGAGUACCAAAAACAAGACGUCGACGACGAAGUUCGCGCGCUCGAGGCCGUCGGACGCGAGAUUCCCGAGCUGCAGGAGCGGGAAAAAACGCUGCGGCGCGACGUCGAGAAAUUCCGGCACAUCGUCGAUGGCGAUUCCCGCGAGAAUAAAAGCGAGGCCACCAAGCGCGCCGCGCUCCUCGAGCGACGCCGCGAGAUCGAGCGGUCGCUGGGAGAGAUCCGCGAAAAAACCGCGGGAGUGCGGGAGCAGCUGAGUCGGCAGGAGCUGAGCCAGGAGCAGGUGGAACAGAUAAAAAAAGAUUCGGCGGCGUGGGGGACGAAGAUUGCCGCGGCUGAAACACAAAAACACAAUUAUCAGAGUCAGGUGGAAAUAGUGUUACGCGCGAUUGAUGAGACCGCGACACAAAUCGAAACACAAUUAAAUCAGUAUCAUGAACUGCUUCUCGCGCUGCAGCUUUUCCCUGCGACGGCGCCGCUGGCCAACGGAACCGAUUUUCGAAUUCGAUUAGAACAUGUCGAGGACUGCGGGUCUGCGUCGUCGCGCGAUGCAGUGCAGUACCAAAAGCAGAUUUCUUGCAAUAGCGUGCUGGAACGACUCGAUGUGAUUUUCAUUACGGCGAUGGCAUCGUAG